AUGCCCUGUGCCUCGGACCCCGAGCGAAGCCUGUCUGUCGACCCUGGCACCCCCAGCUGGGAGCUGUCGUGUUUUAACUGCACGAUGCAGGGACCGCACCACGGCUGGGACCUGUCUUCCACCCACGGGUCCUCCAACUCCUCCUGCGUGUCCGCCGAUGCCCAGAUGUGUGAGAGGAACCAGACCACGACGACCAGCUUCCGGAUGCUGCCGCUGGCGGUCGUCCUGAGCUUCGUGUCGCUGGCCACCGUGGGGCUGAACGUGCUGGUGUUGUACGCCGUGCGCAGCGAGCGGAAGCUGCACACGGUGGGGAACCUCUACAUCGUCAGCCUCUCGGCCGCCGACCUCAUCGUGGGCGCCGUGGUCAUGCCCAUGAACAUCCUUUACCUGACCCGCUGCCACUGGUCGCUGGGCCGGGAACUCUGCCUCUUCUGGCUGUCCAUGGACUAUGUAGCCAGCACGGCGUCCAUCUUCAGCGUCUUCAUCCUGUGCAUCGACCGUUACCGCUCCGUGCAGCACCCGCUACGGUACCUCAAGUACCGCACCAAGACGCAGGCGUCGGUCACCAUCCUGGGCGCCUGGUUCCUGGCCUUCCUCUGGGUCAUCCCCAUCCUGGGCUGGCGCCGCUUCCGGCCCGACAGCUCGCCGCUCCGCGAGGAGCGCUGCGAGACGGACUUCUACGACGUCACCUGGUUCAAGGUCAUGACGGCCAUCGUCAACUUCUACCUGCCCACGGUGCUCAUGCUCUGGUUCUACGCCCGCAUCUACAAGGCCGUGCGGCGGCACUGUCAGCACCGCAACCUGGCCAACGGGGCGCUGCCCUUCUUCUCCGAGAGGACCCUGCGGGCUCCGGGCCCCCGGCCGGCCCGCGAGUCCCCCUGGGCCUUUCUGAAAAGGAAGUCGGGAGACGCCACCACCACCACCACCACCGGCGAGGACCCGGGCUUGGUGUCCACUCCGCCCGGAGAGCCGGAGGGGACGUCCCCUGGGUUCAGUGACCCGGACGGGGACGCGGAGGCUGAUCCACGCCACUGUCUCCCGCUCAGCCCGGUGCCACCCACGCAGCCAGCAUCCGCCGACGGGGCCCACCGGGGCCAGUGGCAGGACAGUGGCGAGCCGGGCUCCGGGGCCAGCGAGGCGCAGGAGGACCAGGUGCUCGGGGACGGCCAGUCUUUCUCCAGGACCGACUCGGACCCCUUCACCGAGCAGGGCCCCGACAAGGGCAAAGCGCGGGGCCGGCCGAGCAUGAGCCUGGACUACCUCAAGUUCACCUGGAAGCGGCUGCGCUCCCACUCGCGCCAGUCCGUGUCGGGGCUGCACCUGCGUCGGGAGCGCAAGGCCGCCAAGCAGCUGGGCUUCAUCAUGGCGGCCUUCAUCCUCUGCUGGAUCCCCUACUUCAUCUUCUUCAUGGUCAUCGCCUUCUGCGAGAGCUGCUGCAACAGCUACGUGCACAUGUUCACCAUCUGGCUGGGCUACAUCAACUCCACGCUCAACCCCCUCAUCUACCCCCUGUGCAACGAGAACUUCAAGAAGACGUUCAAGAAGAUCCUGCAUAUCCCCUCUUAGGCGGCCGCCGCUGGAGA